GUUCCUUUCCAACAUGGUGAUCGGUAAAAGCAAGCAGGCAUGGCUGUAUUUCACUUGACCUCUGUGAUAUUCCUGUAAAACCUCUUUCGAUGGUGCCUAAGGAGAACAGACUAUGCAGAAAUUCAUUGAAGCAGACUACUACGAGCUGGACUGGUAUUAUGAAGAAUGUACAGAUGUUUUAUGUGCUGAACGAGUGGGCCAGAUGACUAAAACAUACAAUGACAUUGAUGCUGUUACACGUCUUCUUGAGGAAAAAGAACGGGAUUUAGAAUUAGCUGCUCGAAUUGGUCAGUCAUUGCUAAAGAAGAAUAAAACUCUUACUGAGAGAAAUGAACUUCUUGAAGAACAAGUAGAGCAUAUCAGGGAAGAGGUUUCUCAACUGCGUCAUGAGUUGUCCAUGAAAGAUGAGCUGCUUCAGUUUUAUACCAGCGCUGCUGAAGAGAGUGAGCCAGAGUCCAUCUGUUCAACUCCAUUGAAGAGGAAUGAAUCAUCUUCAUCUGUCCAGAAUUAUUUUCAUUUUGAUUCUCUUCAAAAGAAGCUGAAGGAUCUUGAAGAGGAGAAUGUUGUCCUUAGAACAGAGGCCUGCCAUCUGAAGACUGAAACCAUUACUUAUGAAGAGAAAGAACAGCAACUUGUAAAUGAUUGUGUAAAGGAGCUCAGAGAUGCAAAUCUUCAGAUUGCCAGUAUUUCGGAAGAGUUAGCUAAGAAGACUGAAGAUGCUGCCCGACAACAGGAAGAAAUCACCCAUCUUUUGUCUCAGAUAGUGGAUUUGCAGAAAAAGGCAAAAGCUUGUACAGUGGAAAAUGAAGAACUUGUCCAACAUUUGGGAGCAGCUAAAGAUGCCCAAAGGCAACUCACAGCUGAAUUACGAGAGCUGGAAGAUAAAUAUGCAGAAUGUAUGGAAAUGCUUCAUGAGGCACAAGAAGAACUGAAGAAUCUUAGGAAUAAGACAAUGCCAAAUGCUAUAUCACGCCGUUACCAUUCAUUAGGCCUUUUUCCAAUGGAUUCCUUAGCUGCGGAAAUUGAAGGAUCAAUGCGAAAAGAGCUGCAUUUGGAUGAUACUGACUGCUCUGAUUUAAACCGUCACAAGAGAGUGUUUGACACUGUACGAAACAUCAAUCAGGUAGUAAAGCAGAGAUCCCUAACUCCAUCUCCAAUGAACAUCCCAGGAUCUAACCAGUCUUCCGCAAUGAAUUCAGUCAUUUCUAGCUGUGUCAGCACACCACGAUCUAGUUUCUAUGGAGGAGACAUUUCCAAUAUUGAGCUAGACAAUAAGACGAAUAGUAUCAUCCUAGAAACUGAAUCCACUGACUCUAGAAAUGAAGAGAAGAACAAGAAACCAGGAAUGCCAGGAACACCAGGUUCUUGUGACCUGGAAAAAGCUCUUCGAAGGUUGUCCCUUCGGAGGGAGAAUUAUCUGUCAGAAAGGAGGUUUUUUGAAGAAGAACAGGAAAGAAAGUUGAGAGAAUUAGCAGAGAAAGGGGAAUUUCAUAGUGGUUCCAUUACUCCAACAGAGAGUAUUAUGUCAUUUAGAACACACUCCGGGUUUUCUGAAUUUACUGGCUAUUCAGGAAUAUCUAUCAGCAGUCGUUCAUAUCUCCCAGAGAAGCUUCAGAUUGUUAAGCCCUUAGAAGGUUCUGCCACACUGCAUCAUUGGCAACAGCUUGCUCAGCCUCACCUAGGAGGCAUCCUAGAUCCAAGGCCUGGGGUUGUUACUAAGGGCUUCCGUACUCUUGAUGUUGAUCUGGAUGAAGUGUAUUGCCUUAAUGAUUUUGAAGAAGAUGAGUCAGGUGAAAUUACAUACAAAGGCUUAACUACCUCGACACCGAUUCAGCACACAGAGACCUCAGUACAUCAUCCUGGGAAGUGCAUGUCACAAACCAACUCCACAUUUACAUUUACCACUUGCCGUAUUCUACAUCCUUCUGACGAGCUCACACGAGUCACACCAAGCCUUAAUGCAGCACCUACUCCAGCUUGUAGCAGUAUUGGCAAUAUGAAAGGCACUCCAGUGGCCACCCCAUGUACUCCUCGACGCCUGAGUUUGGUAGAAUCCUUCACUAACGUUCGUGAAUCCACAACUACAAUGAGUACAUCCUUAGGACUCGUAUGGCUACUCAAGGAACGUGGGAUAUCAGCAGCAGUGUAUAAUCCACAAAGUUGGGACAGAGUGGGCAAGAGCACUCUUCUGAGCACAUAUUCUCCAAGAAUGGCUGCCAUUCCUUCCACUCCUCCAAACUCACCUAUGCAGACACCUCCUUCUUCCCCACCAUCUUUUGAGUUCAAAUGUUCCAGUCCUCCUUAUGACAACUUCCUGGCUUCCAAACCAGCUAGUUCAAUUCUGAAGGAAGUAAGGGACAAAAAGAACAUCAGAAACAGUGAGAGUCAGACUGAUGUGUCUGUCUCCAACCUUAACCUAGUAGACAAAGUAAAAAGGUUUGGAAUUGCCAAGGUAGUAAGUUCAGGGCAAACACAAGCUCUUAAAUUAACUGAUGAACAAGGACCUCUUUUCUGUGGAACACAAAAGCCUGGAGGCCUGCUGCCUGAGAGUUUGCCUUUGGGUUGCCCAACUGCUGUGACAACUGCUAUUGGAAGCAUUCAGUUGAACACUGGCAUUAGAAGGAAUCGAAGUUUCCCAACGAUGGUUGGUUCAAGCAUGCAGAUGAAAGGUCCAUCAACUCUAACCCCUGGAAUCCUAAUGGGAGCAAAACUUCCCAAGCAAACUAGCUUACGAUAAAUGGCUUAAUGUAUUUCAAGCUCCUCCUUUAAACACUUUUUUUCUUUCAUUUGUUAUUGAGUUUGACAAAUCAACUUUGUGCCUAAUUGGAGAAAGUGUAAAAUUUGUACAAGAUGUAAAUAUGUAUUAGAUGUAUUAUAGAUGAAUCAGGUCACAGUUUUGAACAUUUAACAUGCUAAAAUUUUGAAAGGCUGUUUUGUUUUUCUUUGCACUGAAAAAAGUGAUCCUUGCAUAGGGAAAAAGAAUGAUCAAUUCUCUAGUUAGCCUGACUUAACACUGAGACAGGAUCAUUUGGCAAGGAUUACUGUUCAUACUGUCAGGAUUGCAGAAUUUCAGGAUGGAUGAUGAAUUCUGUGAGGAGUCUUCAUUUUUCACAAAGUAUUUAUCAUAGCAGUAGCUUAACAUUUUGACCAUUUUCUUUGGCCUUUGUAGUAAAGAGAGAACAUUGUACUUCAGGGGUCACAUUUCUAAGUGAUUUGAUUUUUUUUCCUUAUGAAAUAAACUUGAAAUAAUAUGUAUUGAGAAGCA